AUGACCAAUUCAAGCAGCACUUCAGGAAACUACUGCAUUUACAGUGAAAUAAUACAAAAGCAAGUCCUUCCAUUGGCCUAUGGGAUCAUCUUUCUUGGAGGAAUCCUGUUAAAUGGAGUUGCAGCCUGGGUGUUCUUGCACAUUCCUAGCAAGACAAGCUUUAUCGUCUAUCUCAAGAACAUAGUCAUUGCUGACCUCAUCAUGAGCUUAACCUUCCCAUUUAAAAUUUUGGCUGAUUCAGAGUUUGGACCUUGGCAGCUCAAUGUCGUUGUCUGCCGAUUUUCUGCUGUUAUUUUUUACUUAAAUAUGUAUAUCAGUAUAUCAUUGUUUGGACUCAUAGGCUUUGACAGAUGCUACAAAGUGGUCAAACCUCAGUUCAUGGCUUCGAGUCAUGCCAUUCGGUGUAGCAAAAUAUUAUGUGCUGCCAUGUGGGUACUACAAAUGCUUAUAUCACUUCCCAACACUAUUCUAACUGAUAAAACCCCUACUAAAGCAUUGUCAAAGAAAUGCAUGGUGCUCAAAAGUAACCUUGGAGUCCAGUGGCACCAAGUUUCAACCUAUGUGUGUCUAGCAAUUUUUUGGAUUGUAUUUGUUCUCUUAAUAGUCUUCUACAGUUGCAUAGCAAGGAAGAUAUUUAUUUCCCAUCGGAAAUUCAGAAAAAAUUCCAGGCAGACAAAAAGAAAAACCAAUCGAAAUAUUUUCACAAUAAUGCUUGUAUUCAUCAUCUGUUUUGUUCCAUACCACAUUGGUAGAAUUCCAUACACAAUGAGUCAAACCACUGCACAAUACAACUGCAAAAUACAGGAAAUUCUGUUUUACAUAAAAGAACUCGCUCUGCUACUGUCAGCUGCAAAUGUUUGCCUAGAUCCUAUUAUUUAUGUCUUCCUUUGCCAACCUUUCAAGGAAAGAUUGUACCAAAAAUUGCACCUCAAGUUGAAGACAUCUGAAGAAUUUGAGAACUCUAGGUCAAGGAAAUCAAAUGCGAUUUGUGAAACAGUUGUUAUUUCAUAAAUUCUUAAGAGUAAGCUAUUUACA